UUUGGCUCCCGCUGCAGAACCCUCUCCAUUUUUAAAAUUAUGCAGGGUACACUGAGGAGACAAUUUGGGUUUCCCCCACCUCUCCCUUGCCCUUGAAGAAAGCAAGCCCUUGUCUCAUUUGCAUUUGCAUUAAAGCCCUGCUCGCUAUAAGCUAGGCAAAGGGGAAGGACUUGAAGCCUAUGGGAUGGCUUUAGGGCUCUGCCCCUUGCUUUUGGCUCCCUCUCUCUCUCUCUCUCAUUCUCUCCCGUGCUUUGAUCUCUGCUUAACAACAGUAACGUCACAGCGACCAUACAGGAGAGUUUUGUUGGAAGUUAGAAAGUUUUGCAGCCUCCAGAGGGCUGUAGCGGCAGUAGCAGGAGCAGCAUCCGAGGGACUGACUCCUGGACGGGGAAGAGCGCGAGCCGGGAGAGCCCGCCCGCCGCCCUCGCCACGGGAGCCCGGAGCAGGCCAUGGAGCAUCAGCUGCUGUGCUGCGAGGUGGAGACCAUCCGGCGGGCCCACCUGGACGCCAACCUGCUCAACGACCGCGUGCUGCAGACCAUGCUCAAGGCCGAGGAGACCUGCGCGCCCUCCGUCUCCUACUUCAAGUGCGUGCAGAGGGAGAUCUUGCCAUAUAUGAGGAAAAUGGUCGCCACUUGGAUGCUGGAGGUUUGCGAGGAGCAGAAGUGCGAAGAGGAAGUUUUCCCCUUGGCUAUGAAUUAUUUGGACAGAUUUUUGUCGCUGGAACCCCUCAAGAAGAGCAGAUUGCAAUUGCUCGGAGCUACCUGCAUGUUCGUGGCUUCAAAAAUGAAGGAAACUAUUCCUCUGACCGCGGAAAAACUCUGCAUUUACACCGAUAACUCCAUCAGACCCGACGAGUUACUGCAAAUGGAGCUGCUGCUGGUGAAUAAGCUGAAAUGGAAUCUGGCUGCAAUGACCCCCCAUGAUUUCAUUGAACAUUUCCUAACUAAAAUGCCUCUGGCAGAGGACACCAAGCAGAUCAUCCGUAAACACGCUCAGACUUUUGUGGCUCUGUGCGCUACAGAUGUUAAAUUUAUUUCAAACCCACCUUCCAUGAUUGCAGCUGGCAGUGUGGUAGCUGCUGUGCAAGGCCUGCAUCUGGGGGACACUAACACUUUCCUCUCCUAUCAAUGCCUCACACAUUUCCUAUCACAAGUUAUCAAAUGUGACCCGGAUUGUUUACGAGCCUGCCAAGAACAGAUCGAAUCCCUCCUUGAAUCCAGUCUACGCCAGGCACAGCAACACAACGUAUCUUCAGAAACAAAGACUGUAGAGGACGAAGCAGACCUUUCCUGCACACCUACUGAUGUGCGAGAUGUGAACAUUUAAGAGGACUUCUGCUAAGGGGUUUGCUUGGCAAGAAAAGCAGAGAAAGAAAGGGCAUCUGAGAAGGAAUCAGCGUCAGGAUCUGCACCCCAGAAACCCUUUUCUCCAGGACAUUUUUAUACCAGAAGGGAAAACCAUUCUUGUUUUUUUUCCUUGCUCUGUCUCCCUUCCAUCUGUGACUUCAAACAAACAAAUAAACAAAAAAUACCCAAAAAACUGUCUUAAAAAAAGAAAAAAAUAGUAUUUGCAUUACCCCCAGGGGUUUGUGCUACAAAAAUAGAAGAUUUUAUACAAUAAUAAUCAACUAGUUUUUAUAUUAAAAGUGUUCUUGUCUGUAUGUUGUAAAAAUAGGCAUUAACACACAAAAUGUCUCCAGGGGAGGUAUUAGAUUUGAUUUCUUACAUAUAAAACAACCAACCAACCAUUUUUAAAGUAGAAGAGGGUUACCUUUUUUUUUUUGAUAGUAAAUGAAAUAUUCUUUUUUUUCUUUAAAAAAGCAUAGCUUUAACGCAGUUCUAGGCUUUUCUGUAUCUUGCUUGCUUAUGCAUUUAGUCACUUUAUAAUUCAUCUGUAAAUGUUUAUUUUAUUCCUUUAGUUUUAUUUUUUUUUAUCCUCUUCACCUUAUAAAUGGUUAACGUAACCCAUAAGUUAGUAUAUGUUAGUAUACAGCAUUAUUAUAUGUUAAUCUUUUUUUUUUGCCUGUGGAUUGCCUGUACAUGAGGCAUUUGUAGGGUUCCAGCUUAGCAUUGUCGGGAGAGGCCCACGUACUACUCAUACGAUACUCUAUUAUAAAGAGAAACCGAAAUAGUGACAUAAUAUAUUAUAUUUUUGUAAUCUUCAUAUUUUUGUAGUUACCUGUGUAAAAAUGCUGGUCUGACCCCACAGAUAUUCAACCUAAUUAUCGUCAGGUUCAAUCCACAGUUUAGUCUUUUUUUUUUAAUAAUAUUCUAAAACCAUUCCAUUCAAAGCACUUUCAGUCUAUUGGAUAUAUAGGAAAUACAUUCUUUUAUUGUGUGGGAAUUUUUUUUUAAUGGAAUGGUUUGGAAAUAUAUAAGUGCUUGUUCGCAAACUUGGAAUUGCAAAGCAAGUGCAUUUAACUAUGGUGUUAGAGGAAAGGUGAUUUUUUUCCGAAGGUUGUGUUCCAGCGAGAGACAUUGCAUUCACAAAUUGCCAGGAUAUCUUCCUAUCCUUUUCUAUAGAAAAGUCGAAGUUUAGAAAUCCUUUGGUGCCAACUCAUCUUUGUUAAUUAGGGGCCUUAAAGGUUCACGUAUAGGACACAUAGUUUAAGGAUUGUCUCUAGAUAUUUUACAACUGAAGGUUUUUGAACACUAAAAUAUAUAAUUUAUAGUUAAGGCUAAAAAAGAAUGAAUAUUUAUUACAGAGGAUGUUCAUAAGGCCAGUAUGAUUUUUAAAAUAAUGCAAUCGCCCCUUUUUUUUUUAAAAAAAGCAUAAUCUUUCUACCCUUGAUGUUGCAGUUUUAACAGCUUACUAAAGAAAAAAGGACACUCUUCAAUGAACAAACUCAAAACAAAACAGUCUACUUGGCCCCUUCUUACUCAUUUUCAAAAGCAGUCUAACCAUGAGAAACGCCAUAGUUACAACAUGAGAAUUGGAGUACUUGAAAGAAGUUCUUAUUCCAGUAUGUCCCCCCUCCCCUUUUUUUUUUUCGUUUUAAUUUAGCUACAACUAGAAAAUUUGCACAUCUUGGCUAUGUAUCUUUUUAUUAUUAUUUUAGAAAGUAGCUGAAGGGACGUGGACAUAGCUGUUGAAGUUGACGCUCGAGGAGAAUGUGAUGGUAAAAUGUAUGUGAGAAAACUGCCGCUAAGGUGUUGAUUGUUUAAAAAAAAAAAAAGAAAAAAAAAAGGAAAACAAGAGAGGAAAAAAAAAACAAUAAAAAGAAAAAAAAGAAAAAGAGAAAGAAAAGGAGUGGAUGCUCCAUUUUUAUUGAGCUGCUAUGGAUAAAUUCCCAGCAUGGUUUG